UCUCUAUGAUAGAUUCUGUUUUUUAUAUCAAUUAAGAUAAGAUAAAAAAAUAAAAAAUUUAUCACUCCAUAAAUCAGUUUAAAUUUUUGUUGGCUGUACGUCUAAACUUCUCAUCCAUCACAUAACUAAAAAAUAAAGAAAAGCAUUAAUUUUCUUCAACGAAGAAAAUAUUCUCUCUGAUGAGAAUUAAAUACGUCGUUAUUAAGAGAUUUUUUGCUGAUUUGAGAACUGGGAUUACAAAAAACUCUUCGAACAUGAAUACUACUUUCGCUUAUCCUUUGGCAAAACGGGAUGAAACCGUGGUUGAAAAUUUUUUUGGAACUGAAAUAAAGGAUCCUUAUAGGUGGUUGGAAGCUCCAGAUGCAUCAGAAACCAAACAGUUUGUGGAGUUGCAAAAUAACUUAACAAUGCCCUUUUUGAACGAAUGCCAAUACAAGGAGUCUAUCAGAGAAAAAAUUACUAAACUCUGGAAUUAUCCAAAAGUAUCGAAUCCUUUUCUACGUGGAUCGUUUUAUUUCCAGUACAGAAAUAGUGGUUUACAAAAUCAAAGUGUAAUAUAUAAAAUGAAGGAACUGCAUAGCGAGGGGGAAGUAUUCCUUGAUCCAAAUACCUUGGCAGAAGAUGGAACAAUAGCUCUACAGGCCAGUGCUUUUUCAGAAGAUGGGAAGACGUUUGCCUACGGAAUAAGUAGGAGUGGAUCUGAUUGGUUGGAAGUAAAGUUCCGUGAUGUUGAAACUGGUAAUGAUUAUAAUGAAACUCUUAAGAAAGUACGGUAUUCUUCAUUAACAUGGAUGAAAGAUAAUAUUGGUUUCUUCUAUGGUGGAUACUUGGAUCAAAAACAUUCAGACGGUACUGAGAUUGAGUCUAGCGAAAAUCAAAAAUUAUAUUAUCAUAAACUAGGCACCAGUCAAGAUGAAGAUGUUGUUGUGGUAAAAUUUGAAGACCCCCAUUUGAGAAUGGGAGCAUCUGUCAGUUAUUGUGGUAACUACUUGGUUGUUACACCUGUGAAAGGGUGCAAAAAUAAUUUACUCUAUAUUGGGAAGCUUGAAAAGGGAAAGCAGAUUACAGGUGAAAUACCUCUCCAACCGAUAGUAGAGACAUUUAAUGCUGAUUAUGAAUAUAUCACUAAUGAUGAUGAUAUAUUCUAUUUUAAAACUAACAGAAAUGCUCCAAAUUAUCACAUUAUAGCCAUAGAUUUAAAAAAUUGUUCAGAGGAUAAUUGGAAGGUCAUAAUUCCCCAACAUGAAAAAGAUGUAAUUGAUGAUACUGAAACUGUUGGCACCAAAUAUUUCAUUAUAUCAAAGCUACAUGAUGUGAAACAUAUCCUUCAUCUAUAUGAAAUCUCCACAGGUAAACUAGUGCAUGAAUUCAAAUUGGAUCUUGGUACGAUAAUGCAUAUUUCUUGUAAAAGAAAACAUAACCAGAUGUUUUACAGUUUCUGCUCUUAUCUAACACCUUGUAUUAUAUAUCAGGUGGAUUUUGAAGGCAAAGAAAUCAAACAGAAAGUUUACCACGAAACUGUAGUUGGUGAUUUUGAAAGAAAUAAUUAUGAAACCAAACAAGUAUUUUAUGAAAGUAAAGAUGGAACCAAAAUUCCUAUGUUCUUAGUUGCUCAAAAGGGGAAGUUAGACAAUCCUGAUGGUGACACACCUGUUUGGUUGUAUGGUUAUGGGGGUUUCAACGUUAGUUUGACCCCAUCUUUCGGAGUCUCAAAAUUGAUUUUCACUAAUAACUUCAGAGGAAUUUAUGCACUAGCUAAUAUACGAGGUGGUGGGGAAUACGGAGACAAAUGGCAUGAUGGGGGACGUUUUGAGAAUAAACAAAAUUGCUUUGAUGACUUUCAAUAUGCAGCAAAGUACUUAAUUGAAAAUAGGCAUACCAAUAGUAAAAAAAUAGUGAUCCAAGGUGGUUCAAAUGGGGGACUCUUAAUUGCUGCUUGUAUUAACCAGGCUCCAGAACUGUUUGGUGCUGCAAUUUGUCAGGUUGGAGUUCUAGAUAUGCUUCGUUAUCAUAAGUUCACCAUAGGCCACGCCUGGAAGACUGAUUAUGGUUGUUCAUCGGAGGAAGAUCAGUUCAAAUAUCUCAUCAAGUACUCUCCUCUUCACAAUAUUUUCGAGCCAAAUGAAGAAAAACAAUACCCGUCAACCCUGUUGUUAACAGCUGACCAUGAUGAUCGAGUUGUCCCUCUACAUUCCCUGAAAUUCAUAGCUGAGCUGCAGAGAAAAGCUGGGACCUCCCCACAUCAGAAGAACCCCUUGCUUAUACGCUUGGAAACCAAAGCAGGUCAUGGUAGUGGAAAACCAACAUCAAAGAUGAUCGAGGAAUUAACAGACAUAUUUUGCUUUGUUUCAAAAACUUUGAAUAUUCCAUUUUAUUCUUAAAUUCAUAUUUACAUACUGUGUGCUAGAUGAUGUGGCGAUUUAAUUGUUUUUGAAUUUUAAAAUUUUGUAUCUGUUUGAAUUUUUUGUUGUGUUUGAUAAUAAAAUAUUUAACUCUUUUGAGA